UGCCGGGCGCAGGAUGCUGUGGGGGGUGGGCCUGGCGGCGCCGCGCUCCUGCGUGGCGGACCUGAGCCGCAACCGCAGCCUGUCGCUGGGCUGGGGCGCGGGGCCCGAGGAGCCGCCGCCCGCCUUCUAUGGGGGCGAGAUCGUCGCCUUCCCGCUGUCGGGCGGCGGCGGCACCAUGGCGGCGCUGGGCUCCGACUCCUGGUGGAAGAAGACGCUGUACCUGACGGGCGGAGCCCUGCUGGCCGCCGCCGCGUACCUGCUGCACGAGCUGCUGGCCAUACGGAAAGAGGAAGAGCUCGAUUCGAAGGAUGCUAUCAUACUGCAUCAGUUUUCAAGGCCUAGGAAUGGCGUUCCGAGUUUAUCCCCGUUCUGCCUGAAAAUGGAAACGUACUUGAGGAUGGCUGAUUUACCCUACCAGAACUAUUUCGAUGGAAAACUUUCUCCUCAAGGGAAAAUGCCUUGGAUUGAGUACAAUCACAAGAAAGUAUCUGGCACCGAGUUUAUUAUUGACUUUUUGGAAGAGAAACUUGGAGUGAAUUUAAAUAAACACCUUGGUCCUCAUGAAAGAGCUGUUUCCAGAGCUGUGACCAAAAUGGUGGAGGAGCACCUGUACUGGACUUUAGCUUAUUGCCAGUGGGUGGAAAAUCUUCAUGAGACGCAAAAGAUGGUUUCACUUUUUGGCCCCUUCAGCGACUUGCUGAAGUGGAUCUUCUGCCAUCUCACCAAAGGAAUCGUGAAGCGGGAAAUGUACGGCCAUGGCAUCGGGCGCUUCUCGGAGGAGGAGAUGUACACGCUGAUGGAGAAGGACAUGCGGACUCUGGCAGGCCUCCUGGGGGACAAGAAGUACAUUAUGGGAUCAACUGUUUCCACUGUUGAUGCCACUGUCUUUGGACAUCUGGCACAGGCAAUGUGGACAUUACCAGGGACUCGACCAGAGAGACUAAUCAAAGGUGAACUGAUUAACCUUGCUAUGUAUUGUGAAAGAAUAAGGAGGAAAUUUUGGCCAGAAUGGCACCAUGAUGAUGACAACACUCUGUAUGAAUCUGAGGAAAGCAGUGAAGCAAGCAAGACUUACUCCCCGUUGCAGGACUUCAGUUUUUAUUCGAGGACAGAAACAUUUGAUGAGGAAGGGAACAGUAUUUCCCAAACCCCUGACACAGAUUACACUGGACAUUCCCUCUUUGACUCGGAUGUGGACAUGGAUGAGUACAGAGAUCAUGAACAAUGCAAGUGAUAUGUACAAGUGUCUCCCAUUGUGCAGAUAAGAUGUUUCUUGGGAUCACUCUGAUUUGUUGUUUUCCUUCAGGUCAGGAAGAGGUUUAUACCACUUUGGAACAAACCAUUGUGCUUGAUUCAGCUGUCACAUACUGCUUGGACUAUUUCAACCAUAUUUUGUUUUGUGUAAUUGUUCAGGUGGACCAACACAUUUAAAACACACGUGGGCAAACUGGAGGUCUAGAGGGCAGCAGGACCUUCCAACCUAUUUUUGUUCAUGUUCAAAACCAGAUCCCACAUCGAAGUGGAAUGAACUUCUGGGAAGUGGAGCAUUUGUCACAACUGGUUUGUGUUGUUACCUUAUCUGUACAGCAACGGGUUGAGGACAAAAAUGGAAGAGAUAUGACUGGCACAGUUUUCUUCCAUGGAAGAAAAUGAUGGAUGCUGUAACGAAAGGUCCUGGUGUUGUUUGUUGACUGCCAUGUCAGUAUAAGCCAGUGGUGUGCUGAGGUGCAUCAGUUUCAUGCAGCACCCUGGCCCAUGUCAGUAGUAGUGUGGCUAGCACGACCAGGGCAGUGAUUGGCUCCCUGUCUCAGCAUGAGUGAGGCUGCACCCCGAAUCCUGUGUUCUGUUGUGGACCCUUCACUACAAGAAAUCAUUGAGGGGCUGGAGCAUGUCCAGAGAAGGACAGUGAAGCUGGUGAAAGGAUCUGGAACACAACUCUUGUGAGGAGCAGCUGAGGGAGCUGGGGUUGUUUAGGCUGGAGAAAAGGAGUCUCAGCAGAGACCUUACUGCUCUCUACAACUGCCUAACAGGAGGUUUUAGCAAGGUGGGGGUUGGUCUCUUCUCCGUGGUAACAAACUCUACGAUAAGAGAAAGGGCCUCAAAGUGUGCCAGAGGAGGUUUGGAUUGGAUAUUGGGAAAAACUUCACUGGAAGGAUUAUUAAACAUUGGAACAGGCUGCCCAGUCACCACCCCUGGAGGUAUUUAAAACCCACGAAGAUGUGGCACUUCAGGGACAUUUUUUGGUGGUGGACUUGAUAGUGCUUGGACUUGAUGAUCUCAGCGGUCUUUUCCAACCUAAAAAGAUUCUGUAAGUUGCCAAAGUUUCAGGGGAAUUUUAUUUGAUAACUACCUAUACUUUGAGUGCAUAUAUUACAGGGUCUGCAGGAAAGAACUGCUCCCAGUUCUUUUGGAGACAGUCAUGGAUGGAGAAAAACAUAAUCCUGCAGAAAAGAGCUGGUUAGUGUUUCUUGUUCUUUGCAGAAGGUUGAAAUCACUACUCUAGAAUACUUUAAUGCAGGAGGGAGAUGUCAGUGUUAACUCACCUGGAAUAUGUGUUGGUCAAAUUCCUUCUGUGAUUUUGAAUUAUUAUUUUUUUACUCCCUGUGCAUGGCUGCUGCCUGCUAUUUCUAGGCAAGGCUAAAGAGCUGGGAUUUGUUGCUAAAAGUCUGGUGUGUCCCAGCAGUGGGUGCUUUGUGUUCCUUACCAACAGGUUGCAAAGCAGUUUGAGGUAUUAGUAGGCAUGGGACACUGUGUAGUUGCAAGAUGUUGGCCCAGGCAAUUGAAUGCUUUAUAGCUGCCUAGGGAGGUGCUUCAGGGGGUGCUGGACACUGUGCUGGCUUGCAGUGCACAGUCCCUAAAUCUGAUGCAUGGGAGAAGGUGAGAUGGGACAGUUCUCUCAGCACUGCCAUGUGUGUGGGGAAAGUAGAUACUGAGAGCGGAAUUAAAUUUAAAUUGCCUUUGCUGCCAUAUCUGUGGAUCUGGAUCUCAAAAUGAUUGCACAGGUUCUGACAUGCUUCAUGUUCAUGUCUCCCUAAAUGCAGGUUAGAGAUGAGAAUAAAUCCAUUGGAUUUACUCACA